UAAAGUGAAAAUAUUUUGGAUCAAUAUAAAAGUGUGUAGUCGGAGAUAAUAUAGUAUAUUUUUAUUACUUGUGUCCAUAAAUAAAUAGAAGCAUAGGAGUGGUCCAUAUACAACAAAUAUUUUCUUUUUUUUUUGUUAAAAAAUGGCUCAUCCAAAAAUUUGUUUGUUUUAAUUUAAUGGACUCAAGUUUUUUAAAUACAUCAUAGAAUGUUUGCUGUGGUGGAAUUUGAUAAUAAAAGAAAAGAGUUUUCUGUGGUUCCAUUAACAUGGCUAACAGAUGACAAAACAGUGUGUUUUUGGCCUAAAAUCAUAAGAUCAGAGGAUCACCUUCAAUCCAUGAUUCAAAAAUGCUUUUAUCCAACAGCUUCUUGGGACAACUAUGCCAUUAAAAAAAUUCAUUGUACAACAGAAUCAUUUCAUAUAGCUAAUUGUAUGUUGAAAAUGAUAUUGGAAGAAAGUAGUUCUGCAAAUGAGGAGCCACAAGCUACACAGAAAAAGGGUGAAGAAAUUGACAGAAAGGACAUAAAAAGAGUUUUGCCGGAAAACAGUGACGUUGUUAUAUCAUACUCAUCAGACUCAGAUACAUUUAUAAGUGCUCCAAAGAAAAAAAAAAGAAAAAAAUUCCUAUGUCCCCUGCCUACAACCCAUAAUAAUGACAGUAAUGAGAUUGAAGUGUUUUUAAGUGAUUCUGAGCAAAAAGGCACAGCUUUAUUGACAUCAGUGGAAUCAGUCCCAUCAGUUGGGUCAGUGCUUUCAAUUCCUGAUGAAUUGGAUAGACAACAGCAAGCAAGUCAUAAUGAACAUAAUUCAACAAGAAGAAUACAAUCUAAUGUUAACAACAAUUCUCCAACAUCAGAUUUUUUAAGUAACAAUCACUUAAACGAGUGGCAACACAGUAUUUCUCAGGAACUGGAACAUAUCAAAGCAGUUCAAGAGCGACAGGCAACAAUGUUAAGACAAAUAUGGCAAGCAUUGCAAGUUAAAAAUAUUCAGGCGCUACAUCGUCCAGCUGAUGUCCCUGAUUUGCCCCUUAAUAAAUUGAGGGAAUUUGGAAAUUUUGAGCAAUGGCUCAAAAUUGAACACAAUUUUAUUUAUAUGAGAACUCGUAUUGCUUCAAUUGGUGGAACCACUGUUAGAGCAGCAGUAAUGAACAUGAUGAAAUGUCUGCUUACUAAUAAAUUAGGAAUGGCCUUUAAUUGGGCUGGAAGUGCUCCAAAAUCGACAAAUCAGAAAAGAAAAUAUGCGUUUAAAGAUACGCGUACCUACCAGAUAAUUAAUGAGGCAUCAAAAAUUCGUUUCUCUGGGGAAAAACUCUCCCCAAUUGUCGGCGAAUCCACUGACAAGGCAAUAGGUCAAGCAUGCCAAGCCUGGUUAAAACAGUCUAAGCAUCGAUUUUUAUAUUCUGAAAAUCAUUAGCAACUUAGAUUCAAAAUUCGCUUAAAACGUCCGUUUUUAGGCUCCGAAAUCCAAUAUUAAAAAGGAUGUGUUUCCAAAAAAGGUAAUUUUAUACUUAAACUCCUCUCAAAAAAGCUACCUUGCGAAUCCGAAUUUCAACAGAACUUAUAAAACAUAGUAGCUAAUGGAGAUAUUUUGCCUGUGUUCGCCAUUGAUCUACACUUUUGUCUUAAAUGUUAAUGUUGAACAAAAGUAAGGUUAACCAGGGUUACCGGAAGAUUUGUUGGAGUGUACCUAAAAUUACCCAAACAUCUUUGAUUAUUUUUAGUUAACACUAUAGAACAUCUUAAUGCUCUUAACUUUUUAAGGCCUUUCAUGUUUGCUUUCCUCCUUAAUUAUUUUUCUGCAUAUGUUUUUUGGAAACAUAUUGUCACUUCACUGAGUUCAUCCAUUUUUUUAAAAUUAACAUUGUGGUCUGCUUGGUUACUACUACGUAACAACUUAAAAUGUGUCUUAAAAAUAAGAAUAUUUGAGUACAAAAUUUAAGGGCACCGCUUAUAUGCGCCAUCAAAAAACAACGGUCGUAAACAUGUGCUUGUUAAAUUGUUUCAAACCAUAGAAUUUUUUAGUGCAGAUUUACUAUACUAAAAAGUAAGUUUUGCUCAUAAUUUUGCUCACCUUAUUAUAUUAAGCAUAUCUAGCAUAUUAAGAAAAUAUCAAAGAAGUUUUUUUAUCAUGUUUUGUUUAUCGCGUUUUUAUAUUUAAAUAUUAUAUUUUGUUAUUAUGUUCUUUAUUCCACUGAGGAUGGUAGGUAGAUAGGAAUAAAAAAUGUAUAUAGUGUAAAUAAAAACUACAAGUUAAAUAAAAAAAGUAAAUAUG